CAGGUUUUGUAUAUCACACCGAUUAUCUCAAUCACGAUACCGGAAUGCAGAAUCCCGAACGUCCGGAACGUCUACAGGCGAGCAUCAAGGCACUGCAAGCCUCUGAUCUUUGGGGAGGAUUUGCAUCAAAUCGAAGCCACUCCUGUAUCGAUUGAGCAGAUCUGUUAUGCACACGUCCAAGAGCAUAUUGAUCGGAUCAAGUGGCACUGCGAAGAUAGCAUCCCCCUCGAUUAUGACACACCGACCUCACCCGCAUCUUAUGAUAUUGCGCGCCUUUCCACCGGAGGUGUGUUGAGGAUAGCAGAUGCUGUCAUGGCGAGCAGUGUGAGUAAUGCCUUCGCGCUUGUCCGCCCGCCCGGACAUCACGCAACUCCGAACCGUUCAAUGGGCUUCUGUCUGUUCAACAAUGUUGCAAUCGCUGCACGAUACCUACAGCGUGAACAUGGGGUGGGGCGUGUCGCAAUUAUUGAUUGGGACGUCCAUCACGGCAAUGGAACGCAGGAUAUCUUUUAUGAUGACCCUUCCGUUUUCUUUUUCUCCGCUCAUCAAGUGCCUCUCUACCCCGGCACCGGCAUGGCGAAUGAGACCGGUACGGGUGACGCCGUUGGCACAACUUUGAACAUACCGAUGCGUCCGGGUAGUGAACCCAGUGACUACAUCGAAGCCUUCCAAAACACCCUUAAGCCGGCACUACUCGAUUUCUCUCCCGAUUUCCUGAUAAUCUCGGCUGGAUUUGACGCACACUGUUUAGACCCUCUGGCGGCGAUCAAUAUGACCGCAGACGGUUUUGCCAGUCUGACCGAUAUCCUUUGCGAAAUUGCGGCAGAAACUUGUGAGGGACGGUUAAUCUCAGCAUUGGAGGGGGGAUAUGACCUUAAAGGUCUAUCCGAAUCGGUCGUUGCUCAUGUUGGGCGGUUGAUGGCGCAUGCGUGA